AUGCUUCUGGUCUUGGCCCUGCUCGCUUCGAGCACUGUUCAUGCAUGCGACUGCAACAAACCGAACCUAUUCCGUCAUCAUGACCGCCAUUUGCAACGCCGCGACACCACGCCCGUCUUCCCACCGAUCCUGACUCCCAAUGAAGAAUUAUUGGUGGCAUCCUUCGAUAACACGUCGAUAGCAUCAUGGUCGAGUUACUACACCCAUAGGAGAAAUCUCGCUGGCGAAAGCGACGCGGUGCCGAAAUGGACUGCCGAGAAGUGGGCCAAAAAUGGGUUUGAUACUAGAUUGGAUAGCUAUCACGUUUAUCUUGACUAUCCUGUCCACAGAUCAAUCGCGCUUGACUAUGGCAACGGGAGCACAUAUCACGCAACGCUGGAAGAGGAAAUAGUUGAGGAGGACCAAACUACUGGAUAUACCAACAGGGUGCCUGCGUUCCACGCAUAUUCAGGCUCCGGCAAUGCGUCCGCCACGUACGUCUACGUUGGAAGGGCAUCGCAAGAAGACUUCAAACGCCUUAUAACUCUCGGCAUAGACCUGAAGGGUAAAAUCGCGCUUGCCAAGUAUGGUGGCCCAUAUCGGGGUGUCAAAGUCAAGAAUGCGCAGAUAUUUGGUAUGAUCGGCGUGGUCAUUUUCACGGACCCGGUCGACGAUAGAAACAUGACAGCGAAGAGCUACGCUGCCUACCCAGAAGGUCCUGCAAGAAACCCUAGCAGUAUUCAGAGAGGCAGUGUCGUAGAUCUUAGCACGUAUCCAGGGGAUCCCACAACGCCCGGAUAUCCUUCGAAAGAAGAUGUGCUGAGGAUGGGGAAGAAAACUGUGCCUAGUAUUCCAAGCUUGCCUAUCUCAUGGGUUGAGGCGAAACCGCUUUUAGUUGCGUUGAAUGGGCAUGGUGUCGAUGCGAAAGCCGUUAGUCGCGCGAAUUGGGUCGGUGCGAUUGAUGGGGUUGAGUAUAGUACUGGCCCAUCCAAAGCUACACUUUCCCUGAGCAAUAUCAUGCAAGAUGAAAUCAAUUGGAUACAUAAUGCUAUCGGAAUUAUUAAUGGUACCAACGAAGACGAGGCAGUCAUUGUUGGAAAUCAUCACGACUCGUGGAUGAUUGGUGGCGCUGCGGACCCUCACUCCGGUUCAGCAAUUCUGAUCGAGUUAUCACAUGCAAUUGGCGUUCUUCUGAAAACUGGAUGGAAGCCAAAGCGAACCAUCGUGCUCUGUAGCUGGGAUGCCGAAGAAUACGGCCUAGUAGGAAGUACCGAAUGGGUCGAAGAAAAUACACCCUGGCUCAAAGACUCUGUAGUGUCGUACCUGAACAUCGAUGUCGGAAUCGCAGGCACUGUUCCCGACUUUGGUGCAACGCCCGAUCUCUACGCCCUCACCACCUCGACCGCGCGAAAGGUGGUCUGGCCACAUGGCCAAAACCGCACAAUGUACGAUAUCUGGGAAGAGAAGGCUGGCGAAAUCGACCCUCUAGGCGCACAAAGUGAUUACACGGCUUUUGUUCACCGCGCAGGAGUUUCUGCUAUCGAUAUAGGUACCACGCGAACGCCCCUCGACCCCAUCUACCAUACGCAUUCGAAUUUUGAUAGCUUUCACUGGAUGACCAAGUUUGCAGAUCCGGAGUUUGAUAUGCACAAGUCGAUUGGGCAGUUUCUCACGUUGAUGCUGUAUCGACUGGUGGAUGACGAGGUUGUGCCGCUUGAGCCCUCGAACUAUGGGGUGGAGAUGCAUGCGUGGCUCGAAAGGCUUCACCGAGAUGUCUCGUCAGCAAAUGCGACUAGGCUAGUCGAUCUUUCUCAGCUUGAAGGUGCGGUUGCCACCUUCCAGCAAGCGGCACAGAAAUUCAAUACAGCUCGACAGAUGGCGGUUAGCUCGGAGAGUAAGCUACAGGUCAGGCAGCUUAACCUGAAGGCACGGGACUUUGGACGCGGUUUCAUCAGCCAAGGCGGGCUUCCUGGAAGAGACUUCUACCAGCACCAAAUUUUUGCUCCUGGUAUCGACAGUGGUUAUGCUGCUGUCACCUAUCCGGGUGUGACAGAGGCUAUUGCUGCGGGUAACUUCACCCUGGCAACGGAAUACAUUGACAGGGUGGCAAAAGCAGUCUUGGCUUCUGCCAAUAUUCUUGCACCAUGA